GCAUGCGCAGCCGAUACUCUACGGUUACCCAGACUCGGGUGACAACAGCCGUCCUCCGUUAGCUCACGGACUGUCCGCCUGUCAGGGGCCCGGGGCCGGACGUGCCGUCUGAGAGAGUCCGGGGGACAUAGUGUGGGCAGCGGACGCUAAGCGAAAGCCACGACGCCGGAGAGUCGGUGUGUCGGUGAGCCUUUGGUCCCCACCGCCCGCCCGGUAACAACGCGCCCGCUGCCCGGCAGCUGCUGGCCGGUCGGUCCGUUUACCGAGCCCCCGCUAACGCUAACAGGCGGGCUAACGCCGCGGCAAAUCACCGUCCCCAGCGUCCCGGUGCCCGUUCAUCAUGCUCUGCUCCCGGUGAGGGGAGCCGCGGCAGCUGCUAGCCCGGAGCUAACGGCUAGCUCUCCGAGGAUGGUCGCAGUGAGGGCGGCUGCUCUGGAGGAUCGGCCCGGAUGUUCUGAGCUUCACGGCUUCACCCGCCCUGCUGGACCCGGACUGCCGCUCACCGAACCGGGCGUGUGAGUCCGGCUGCUCAGACCCGCGGGAGCGGCAGCCAUGCAGGCGGCGCAGCCGCAGUACGACUUCUUCAGCGAAGAGAACGGUCCGAAAUGGAGAGGCCUGCUGGUGCCCUCACUGGAAAAGGUACUGAACCAGGUGCAUCCUAACCUGGUGUCCCAGCAGGAGGCGCUGCAGUACGUGGAGGAGCUGAUCCUGCAGCUGCUCAGUAUGCUGUGUCAGGCUCAGCCGCGCACGUGCCAGGAUGUUGAGGAGCGCGUGCAGAAGACUUUUCCUCACCCGAUCGAUAAGUGGGCACUCAGUGAUGCUCAGAGCGCCAUUGAGAAGAGGAGGAGGAGGAACCCGCUGGCGCUGCCUGUUGAUAAGAUCCAUCCCCUGCUCAAGGAGGUGCUGGGCUAUAAGAUCGACCACCAGGUGUCCGUGUACAUGAUCGCCGUCCUGGAGUACAUCUCUGCGGACAUCCUGAAGCUGGCAGGAAAUUACGUGAGGAACAUUCGACACUAUGAGAUCUCCCAGCAGGAUAUCACCGUGGCCAUGUGUGCCGACAAGGUGUUGAUGAACAUGUUUCACCAGGACGAGGAGGACAUCAGUGGCUUCCCGCUAAUGGAUGAGGAGCCAUCAGCCAAUGAGGAGCAGAGUUACUACGAGCUGGUGAAGAGCUUCAUGGCAGACUGUCGGCAGUACCUGAGGCAGCUCAACCUGAUCAUCAGGGUGUUCAGGGAGCCCUUCAACUCCAACUCCAUGCUCUUCUCCCAGCACGAUGUGGAGAGCAUCUUCAGUCGGAUCCUGGAUAUCCACGAGGUGACGGUGAAGCUGCUGGGUCUGAUCGAGGACACGGUGGAGAUGACCGGUGAGGGAAGUCCUCAUCCUCUGGUGGGGAGCUGCUUCGAGGACCUGGCUGAGGAGUUGGCUUUCGACCCCUAUGAGACGUACGCCCAGGACAUCCUGCGCUCUGGCUUCCAUGAACACUUCCUCAGCCAGGUGUCCAAACCUGGAGCUUCCUUCCACCUGCAGUCCAUCUGCGAGGGCUUUAAAGAGGCUGUUCAGUACGUUCUGCCCAGGCUGCUGCUCACACCUGUUUACCACUGCCUGCACCUGUUCGAGAUCCUCAAGCAACUGGAGGAGAAGAGUCAGGAUGACGAGGAUAAAGAGUGUCUGAAACAGGCCAUCACGGCUCUGCUCAACCUGCAGAGCAGCAUGGAGAGGAUCUGCUCCAGGAGCCUGGCAAAGAGGAGGCUCAGCGAGUCGGCGUGCCGUUUCUACUGCCACCAGAUGAAGGGUAAGCACCUCGCCAUCAAGAAGAUGAACGAGAUCCAAAAGAACAUCGAUGGCUGGGAGGGGAAGGACAUCGGCCAGUGCUGCAAUGAGUUCAUCAUGGAGGGUACCUUGACCCGCGUCGGCGCCAAACACGAACGCCACAUCUUCCUGUUCGACGGCCUGAUGAUCUGCUGCAAGUCUAAUCAUGGCCCGCCGCGACUGCCUGGUGCCAGUUCUACCGCGGAGUACCGCCUCAAAGAAAAGUUCUUCAUGCGCAAAGUUCAGAUCAACGACAAAGAUGACAAGGAGGGCGAGUACCGCCACGCCUUCGAGAUCAUCCUGAAAGACGGCAACAGUGUGGUGUUCGCUGCCAAGUCUGCAGAGGAGAAGAACGGCUGGAUGGCGGCGCUGAUCUCGCUGCAGUACCGCAGCACGCUGGAGCGCAUGCUGGACACCGCCAUGCUGCAGGAGGAGAAGGAGGAGCAGAUGAGGCUCCCGGGCGCCGAGGUGUACCGCUUCGCCGAGCCCGACUCUGAGGAGAACGUCGUGUUCGAGGAGAACGUCCAGUCCAAGUCCGGCAUUCCCAUCAUCAAGGCGGGGACUGUCCUGAAGCUGAUCGAGAGACUCACCUUCCACAUGUACGCAGAUCCAAACUUCGUCCGGACUUUUCUGACCACCUACAGAUCAUUCUGCAAACCUCGGGAGCUGCUGGACCUGCUCAUAGAGAGGUUUGAGAUCCCGGAGCCAAAGCCGGCCGACGCCAAUCAGACGGAGGGAGGAGAGCAGCCACCCAGCGCUGAACUCAAACGCUUCCGGAAAGAGUUUGUCCAACCUGUUCAGCUCAGAGUGUUGAAUGUUUGUCGCCACUGGGUCGAACAUCACUUCUAUGAUUUUGAGAGAGACCCUCUCCUUCUGAGCGAGAUGGAGGACUUCAUUGCUUCAGUCAAAGGUAAGGCGAUGAAGAAGUGGGUGGAGUCAAUCACCAAGAUCAUCCAGAGGAAGAAGCAGGUCCAGGUGAGCGUGCCCAGUCACAGCAUCACCUUCCAGAAUUCCCCUCCUCCCAUCGAAUGGCACAUCUGCAAACCCGGAGACGCUGAGCACUUCGACCUUAUGACCCUGCACCCCAUCGAAAUCGCCCGCCAGCUCACCCUGCUCGAGUCUGACUUUUACAGGGCGGUGCAACCGUCUGAGCUGGUCGGCAGCGUCUGGACCAAAGAAGACAAAGAGAUCCACUCGCCCAACCUGUUACGGAUGAUCCGACACACCACCAACCUCACCCUGUGGUUUGAAAAGUGUAUCGUAGAGACGGAGAACCUGGAGGAACGCGUCGCUGUCUUUUCCCGGAUCAUCGAAAUCCUGCAGGUGUUUCAGGAGCUCAACAAUUUCAAUGGCGUCCUAGAGGUCGUCAGCGCCAUGAACUCUGCACCCGUGUACAGACUGGAUCACACCUUUGAGCAAAUUCCGAGUCGUCAGAGAAAAAUCCUGGAGGACGCUCAUGAGCUCAGCGAGGACCACUACAAGAAGUACCUGGCUAAACUGCGCUCCAUCAACCCCCCCUGCGUCCCCUUCUUUGGAAUCUACCUGACCAACAUCCUGAAAACGGAGGAGGGAAACCCCGACUUCCUGCACAGACACGGCAAAGAUCUGAUCAACUUCAGCAAGAGACGGAAAGUGGCCGAGAUCACCGGAGAGAUCCAGCAGUACCAGAACCAGCCGUACUGUCUGCGGGUGGAGGGCGACAUCAGAAAGUUCUUCGAGAACCUGAACCCAAUGGGCGACCUGUCGGAGAAGGACUUCAGUGAUUAUCUCUUCCACAAGUCUCUGGAGAUCGAACCUCGCCAGCUCCGAUCGGCUCCUCGAUUUGCGAAGAAGUACACCUAUCCUCUGAAGUCUCCGGGGAUCCGACCCACUUCGGCCCGACCCGGCACCAUGAGACAUCCGACGCCGCUGCAGAACGAGCCCAGGAAGAUCAGCUACAGCCGCAUCCCGGACAGCGAGUCCGAGGGGACGCCGGCCUCUGCCCCCAACUCUCCCCGUACCCCCCUGACCCCGCCCCCUGCCUCCGCCGCCUCCAGCUCCACAGAUGUGGGCAGCGUGUUCGACUCGCCGCAAGGACCCAGCAGCCCAUUCCACUCCACCUGCGACAGCAUCUUUGCUGUGGUGUCUCUGCCGCACGGCCCACGGUCCUCUUCGGUCUCCUCCAUGGUGAGCUUCAGUCGGGCUUCUGAGGAUGUUCCCAUUCCUCCUCCUGUUCCUCCCCGCAGACGACCGGAGUCGGCUCCUGCUGAGUCUUCCCCCUCCAAGAUGGUGUCAAAGCUGGACAGCCCCCCCGCCAUUCCACCUCGUCAGCCCACCUGUAAGCUCCUCCCCUCUCGUUACUCCUCACUGUCAUCAUCACCGCCUGACAGCCCCCCCUCCCUGCCUCCACGAGAGCCCCUCAGCUCCCCUCUGCACCUCCUGCCCCCCCCUCAGGGUCGUCCCCGCUGUGACCUCCUGCCUCAGGCUUUCUUCCCCCCCAACAUCUCUGGCCCAACCGCCAUUUGCUCCACCCCCACCACAUUGUCCUCCUCACCCCCACUCCCUCUCCCUGCUCCUGUCACCCCCACCUCCAGGAAAUUACCCCUGCCUUCUCCUCCCCUCCCCCCACUCCCUCCCCUCACCUUGGAUGGCCCCCCUGUGCCUCCACGUCACAGUGUUCCCAAACUCCCCCCGAAGACAUACAAGAGGGAUUCUGUUGGACACGCCCCCAUGCUGGACACGCCCUCUGUGCGAUUGGACAGCCUGGAGUUCCAGAGGGUUCAGGGACAGCUGAUUGGACAGGCUGUGGAGGGGACAGAGUUAACACUACAGCUGAUUGGAUCAGAAGAAAGUAAAAAUGUGUGAUGGACCAAUCAGGAAGCUCCGACUGCUUCGAAGUGAGACUGACUGUAAAACAAAAAUGUGCUCUUAUUCUGAAAAUCUCUGAGCUCAGACCUCAGAGGGACGAGACCCUCAGGUACUGGCCUGGAGCCACACAGGUACUGCAGUGGUUCAGGUGGACCUGAUGAAGAAGAUGGUGAUGGUGGUGAUGUCAUUAUUAAUGAUGUAAACAAAAACAAGGGAAUAAACAUUUCUUUCAUUGAGCUCGAAGAAACCUGGAAUUCAUCUGUCUUUAUUUUACCUACUGAGCGCGCUCAGCGGGCCUGCACCAUCUGCGCUGAGCGCGGGGCGGGGGAGCAUCUUGUAAUUGGGGAGAUUACCUUGAACAGGUGGAAAGGGGUGGAGUCUGAUCCAGGUGUAAUGAUGAAUGUAAGAUGGUUUCUCUCUUUAACAAGUGAGAGACGUUUCCUGAAGAUUUUCAAAAUAAAGCCUGUAGGCACAUAGUUGGCUUCCUCACCAUUUUCUGUGACCUUUGCCCUCAUCAUGCUUAGCAGGUGAGUCUAACGAAACUAGCUCUCAGCUCCACGCUGUGUGAAGCUCCGCCUCCAUAAGUGACCUCUAAUAAGAGUCCGCUUCCUGUUUGUUAAUGAGAAACUAAAUAAAGUUUGUACAUUU